GCGGCGGCCUGUUUGCUUCCCCACCCCCACCCCCACCCCUCCUUCGGCCGGGGGAAGGAAAUAGGCGCUAUGGCUGUUCAGGCGGCGUUGCAGAAGAGACUGGUAGUGGUGAGCCCGGCGGGGAGACACACGGCUUCUGUGAUCUUUCUCCAUGGCUCAGGUGAUACCGGUCAAGGGAUAAGAGACUGGAUCAAGCAGGUUUUGAAGCAAGAUUUGUCUUUCCAACAUAUAAAAGUCAUUUAUCCAACAGCUCCUGCCAGACCAUAUACACCAAUGAGGGGAUCUUUGUCCAAUGUGUGGUUUGACAGAUACAAGAUCUCUAAUGAUUGCCCAGAACAUACUGAAACCAUUGAUGUGAUGUGUCAAGCACUUAACAGUUUGAUUGAUGAUGAAGUUAAAAAUGGCAUCAGGAAAAACAGAAUACUGUUGGGUGGUUUUUCAAUGGGUGGAUGCAUGGCUUUACAGUUGGCUUACAGAUAUCACCAAGAGGUGGCCGGAGUAUUCGCUCUUUCAAGUUUUCUCAAUAAGAAUUCAGCUGUUUACCAGGCACUGGAGAAGAAUGAAAGAGAACUCCCAGAGUUGUUUCAGUGUCAUGGAACUGCUGAUGAACUGGUUCUGUAUUCUUGGGGAGAAGAAACCAACAAAACAUUAAAAGCUCUGGGAGCAAGAACUACAUUUCUGAGUCUACCAAACCUUUAUCAUGAACUAAGCAAAAGUGAGCUAGAAAAACUGCAAUCUUGGAUUUUGAAAAAAUUGCCAGAAGAGCUUUGAUUAAAGAACAAUAAUGGAAAAUACCAUCGUAAAAUAGCAUUAUUUUAUAUAUAUAUGAAAGUGGCAAUGUCUGCAAAAAUUCAUAAAAUAGGCAUUGAUAAUUUUAUUCAGUGUAUUUCAGUUCUUCUUUUUUUAUUUCUGUAUCUCAAGUGAUAUCAAAUAGUCCUUCUCAUAUUGAAAAAGUUAUAUACAUACCAAGACUUGUCUAUAUAGUUCAGUCACUUGAGGUGGAUUAACACUAUGAUUUUAUUUCAAUGAAA